AUGUCACCGUCUUUUCUGGAAACUCCUGAUCUUCCAAUGGAAAUGAUAAUGAAUAACUUGGAUUAUAUUGCAAUUCAAUCCGUUCGCAAAACCUGUUGGGACCUUCGGAACUUUAUUGACGACAAGAAACCGGAAGCUUGCGUGAAAAGAAUUAACAUUUCUGAAAAGUCCGAUACACUAGUCCGAUUGGCUAUCAUUUUCCCUUCCUUAGGACCAAAAGGUGCAUAUAUAAACGUAAGAUAUGAAAAACAUGAAUACGGAUGCAGAAUGUUGCGUGCUACAAGUGACGGCUUAUACAAAACUAAAAUUGUGGAAAACUUGAACUUUCUGGAUGCCGUUCUUCAUGAUUUCAAAAUUGCCAUAAACACUCAAAAGUCACCAUUCGAGAUGAUCACUGUAACUUCAAAGACGUUUUUUGAAAAAUUCGAGGAAAAUAUGAUGUCCCAAAAACCAAUAGCAACUGAACGUAUGGAAAUCUACGUGAAUUCUCUGGAACACGCCCGUCAAAUUCUACAGCAUGCGGACCCAACAUAUCUCAAAUUAAUCGACAUCCAUCCGCAUGGAUAUACCAGCAUUCAUGAGACUAUGAGGUUCAACAUCAAUUCGCAUGAGGUCAUAGUCAUUAGAGAGAAAUUGAAGUUUGAAUCGUCGAAAAACAAUCAGGAUCUCUCUCAUUUUUCUAUUACUUCCAUUCAGUUUGACAAUAUAGACGUGGAGACGUUGCGAACAAUAAAAGAGAACUUUCUUCAAUUCCAUGAGUACGAUAAGUACUUGUUCGUCAUCAAUGUUGUACGAGAGAACUUGUUCAUUGACGCUUUUGGAGCAGCGUUCGAGUCGCCUGAAGAGAAAGGGGAAAAUUGGUUUUUCAAUGUUCCUGGCAAUAAAGAAAGAGUCCUUAAGGUGUAUAACAAAUAUAUAUUGUUUGAGUUCUUCUUCAUUGAAAAAUGUGAGGUUCCAGAAGGUUAUGUGAUUCGUGAUUGA